AUGCCUGUGGAUUUUUUCGUCUUAUCUUCGCUAUUACCGUUAUUCUUUGAGAGUAGUAUGAAUGUUACUGUUGAUCAAUCCCCCAUGGGAUGUUACCAUCAACUAAAUACUACUCAACGUGAUCGAUGUACUUUUCGUGCUCUGAAACAUUUUGCUAACGUCCACCUCUCUUGUACUGGCUCUAGCUGUGGUACAAUAUGCAAGCGAAAAAUUAAUGUCCUAACUCCACUCGAUCAUAUCACAUUUUCUUGUUGUCGUGUCCUCAAUAACGCUCAAGUCUGUGAUCUUCCAUUUUCUACAUCGCCAUUUCUUAUUGCUUUCCGUUACAUUUCCCUUUUUUUAAGCAUCAUUUUAGCAGCGGGUGUCUUGAGAUGGUUAAUCCAGGACGUACCAACAGUUCAACAAAAAGAAAAUAUAAGUACCCCUUCUUUACCGGAAUAUGUUCAUUUAAGAUUAGUUAGUAAAUAUAUGUAUGAAGGUAUUGGUGAUCGUUUAAGAAGACUUUCGUAUCAAUCUACACAAAAUUCGACCUUAUGGAUACGCUAUAUCAUGCUUUAUAUCUUCUGCAUGGUUGGAUUUAUAGCAUCGUCUUGGCUACAAUUUCAUCCCUACCAUUUUCUUCCCGUUCCAGUACUUCAUCAGCUCCCAUUCCCAAUUCUCGCAUACAGAGCAUUCCUAAUUUUAGGUAUCAUCUAUGGAUGCUUAACCAUAAUUGUAAUAAUACCAAUUUUCCAUUGCGGUGGUAAGCAAGCGGAAAAGGCUAUCGCAUACAGAAAUGAAAAAAUAUUGAAAUAUACGGAAAAAGAAUUCAAUUUCCGAUUAGUAUGGUAUUUUGACAAAUUGGUUACAGCAACAAAGCAACUGUGUUGUGAUUUUUUCUGCAAUAUCGACUCAUGGUGGAAAUUUUUAUCACUAUUUGUAGUUGUACUCUGUAGCGCUCCAUUCGCAAUUAUUAAUAAGCUAUCAUUGGAAUAUUAUGCAUUCCGCAAAGCAGAUAUUAUUGCCUACCGAUUAUGUAAAAAAUUUCACUGCCAUAGCAAACAUGUGCCUCAUUCUAAAGCUAUCAUCAAAGCUAUACUCUAUGUCAUUUCUGUCUUAUUUUGUGUUUUGUCAAUGUUUUUAAUAUGGUCAACGUUACAAUUAAUAGUUAGAAUUUUAAUUACAUCAAUAGCAUUUCUUGUAGCCCAUAGCAACUUCUUCUCAUCAUACUUCGCUCCUGGUUUUCCAUUUCUUUACUUUGCAAAACAAGCAAUACAAUCCUAUUCUGGUGAUAAAAUAGCUUUAUCGAAGGCUAUUCUUGAAUUACAAGAAGAAAUAAAAUCGGAAGAGGAUAAUUAUUUAUCGGAAGAUACGGGACGUAUGGAAAUUUUAUUUAUUGUAACUCCAAAAGGGGUGGAGGUCGAUCUACCGAUAAGACUAGAAAAUCUUCGUGAAAUGAUACGAACUCGAUUAGAAUUGUUAACAAUAGAAUGUGAGACAGAAUUUCGAUACGAGCAGCAAUCAAUUGUUGUAAAAUUUCGACAGGAUGGCACCGAUGGAAAUGGCGAGAAAAUUUACAGCGUUAAAUUCUCACAAUUUAAUGAUUAUUUGAACGAUUUACGUUAUAAAAUUGAAGAAGAAUUAAGUCAUCAACAAUUGCAUACCCUACAAUUCAAUUUGAAACCGUUCUAUUAUGAUCUACACGAUGAAGAAGGUGAACUUACUGAUGUGGGUAUUCCUAUCGAGUUUUAUAACUAUCUUAGUUACCAAGCAUCUGGAUUAGCAACAAGCUUUGGCCAACUACUAAGUCGCAUUAUUGCGAUAGCCACUAUUGGGGGAUGCUUUAUAACGGCUGUAGCUUCCUUUAAUAUCAUCAACAACAUCAAUUCAUUAAGUAAUGCUCUAUCAGGAACUAUUUUAUCCUUUGUCACCAUGAUGUCAAGUAUGUCUUACUUUACCAGCAAAGACUUGAGCGAGAGCCAAAAGCAACAAGUAUUAAAGAAAUAUAUAUUAGAUUACAUCUUGGGAUACAAUUUCUUUUACAGUAGAGGUAAAACUUUACAUCCCUGUCUUCAGUUUCAUCAAACUUUCUAUUCUCGUGGAACUGUGCAAGAUCGCAAGAAUUCUUCUCCUGCAAUCGUCUAA